CCCCGGGCCACUGACGCCCCGCGCGCCCUCCCCCGGCGGCGGCAGCCGAGGCGCGGGGCGGCGGCGGCGGCUGCGGCGGCGGCAGCGGCCCGGGCCGGCCCCAUGGCGCAGGGGGACGCUGGCCACGGCGGGCUAAUCGCGCUGACCUUCUGCCUGCUGGCCGCGCGUGGGGAGUCGCCGUUACCCCAGGAGACAACCGUGGAGCUGAGCUGUGGAGCGGGGCCCGUGAGAGUGAUUCUGGGCCCAGCGCAGGUGGCGGUGCUGGACUGUAGUCUGGGGACCGCUGCUGCCGGACCCCCCACCAGCGUCACAUGGAGCAAAGACGGAGAUGCCCUGCUGGAGCACAGCCACCUGCGCCUGCUACCCAAUGGCUCCCUGUGGCUGUCGCAGCCGCUAGCACCCAAUGGCAGUGAGGAGGCGGCCCCUGGGGCCUCAGAUGUCAUCGAGGGCAGCUAUUCCUGCCUGGCCCGUGGGCCCCUUGGAGUAGUGGCCAGCCAGCCUGCGGUUGUCAAGCUUGCCACACUCGCAGGCUUCUCUCUACACCCGGAGUCUCAGACAGUGGAGGAGAAUGGGACAGCUCGAUUUGAGUGCCACAUUGAAGGGCUGCCAGCACCCAUCAUUACUUGGGAGAAGGACCAGGUGGCAGUGCCUAAGGAGCCUCGGCUCAUCACUCUUCCCAACGGGGUUCUCCAGAUCCUGGACGUUCAGGAGAGUGACGCAGGCUCCUACCGCUGCGUGGCCACCAACUCAGCCCACCAGCGCUUUAGCCAGGAGGCCCUCCUCAGCGUGGCCCGCAGAGGGUCCCUGGUGUCUACCAGGGAGCAGGACGUGGUCAUUGUGGCAGCUCCGGAGAAUACCACAGUGGUAUCUGGACAGAGUGUGGUGAUGGAAUGUAUGGCUUCUGCUGACCCUACCCCUUUUGUGUCCUGGGUCCGACAGGACGGGAAACCCAUCUCCACCGAUGUCAUCGUCCUGGGCCGCACCAACCUACUGAUCGCCAGCGCGCAGCCCCGGCACUCGGGCGUCUACGUCUGCCGCGCUAACAAGCCCCGCACGCGCGACUUUGCCACCGCCGCCGCCGAGCUUCGCAUACUGGCGGCUCCUGCCAUCUCGCAGGCGCCCGAGGCGCUGUCUCGGACGCGGGCCAGCACCGCGCGCUUCGUGUGCCGCGCGUCCGGGGAGCCGCGGCCUGCGCUGCGUUGGCUGCACAAUGGGGUGCCGCUGCGCCCCAACGGGCGCGUGAAGGUGCAGGGCGGCGGCGGCAGCCUGGUCAUCACGCAGAUCGGCCUGCAGGACGCCGGCUACUACCAGUGCGUGGCCGAGAACGGCGCGGGCACAGCGUGCGCCGCCGCGCCGCUGGCCGUCGUAGUGCGCGAGGGGCUGCCCAGCGCCCCGACGCGGGUCACGGCCACACCGCUGAGCAGCUCCGCCGUGCUGGUGGCCUGGGAGCGUCCCGAGCUACACAGCGACCAGAUCAUUGGCUUCUCCCUCCACUACCAGAAAGCUCGGGGCAUGGACAAUGUGGAGUACCAGUUUGCAGUGAACAAUGACACGACAGAGCUACAGGUGCGGGACCUGGAACCCAACACGGACUAUGAGUUCUACGUCGUGGCCUACUCUCAGCUGGGGGCCAGCCGCACGUCCGCCCCAGCGCUGGUCCACACACUGGAUGAUGUCCCCAGUGCAGCGCCCCAGCUCUCCCUGUCCAGCCCCAACCCCUCGGACAUCAGGGUGGCGUGGCUGCCCCUGCCUCCCAGCCUGAGCAAUGGGCAGGUGGUGAAGUACAAGAUAGAGUACAGUUUGGGAAAGGAAGCAGAUCAGAUUUUCUCCACCGAAGUGCCAGGGAAUGAGACGCAGCUUACGCUGAACUCACUUCUGCCCAACAAGGUGUACCGCGUCCGGAUCUCGGCAGGCACAGGGGCCGGCUAUGGGACGCCCUCCCAGUGGGUGCAGCACAGGACGCCCAGUGUGCACAACCAGAGCCACGUCCCUUUUGCCCCUGCAGAGUUGAAGGUACGGGCAAGGAUGGAGUCCCUGGUUGUGUCCUGGCAGCCGCCCCCUCACCCCGCCCAGAUCUCUGGCUACAAACUGUACUGGCGGGAGGUGGGGGCCGAGGAGGAGGCUGAUGGUGAGAGCCCCCCAGGGGGCCGUGGAGACCAGGCUUGGGAUGUGGGGCCUGUCCGGCUCAAGAAGAAAGUGAAGCAGUAUGAGCUGACCCAGCUAGUCCCCGGCCGGCUGUACGAGGUGAAGCUUGUGGCAUUCAACAAACACGAGGACGGCUACGCGGCAGUGUGGAAGGGCAAGACGGAGAAGGCUCCCACACCAGACCUUCCCAUCCAGAGGGGGCCACCCUUACCCCCUGCCCACGUUCAUGCGGAAUCGAACAGUUCCACGUCCAUUUGGCUUCGGUGGAAAAAGCCCGACUUCACCACGGUCAAGAUUGUCAACUACACUGUGCGUUUCAGCCCCUGGGGCCUCAGGAAUGCCUCCCUGGUCACCUAUUACACCAGCUCUGGAGAAGACAUCCUCAUUGGCGGGCUGAAGCCGUUCACCAAAUAUGAGUUUGCGGUACAGUCCCACGGCGUGGACAUGGACGGGCCUUUCGGCUCCGUGGUGGAGCGCUCCACCCUGCCUGACCGGCCUUCGACACCCCCAUCUGACCUGCGCCUGAGCUCCCUGACGCCGUCCACUGUCCUGCUGCACUGGUGUCCCCCCACGGAGCCCAAUGGGGAGAUCGUGGAGUAUCUGAUUCUAUACAGCAACAACCACACUCAGCCCGAGCACCAGUGGACCCUGCUCACCACGGAGGGAAACAUCUUCAGUGCUGAGGUACGUGGCCUUGAGAGCGACACCAGGUACUUCUUCAAGAUGGGGGCGCGCACAGAGGUGGGGCCCGGGCCCUUCUCCGGCCUGCAGGACGUGAUCACGCUCCAGGAGAAGCUCUCAGACUCCUUGGAUGUGCACUCAGUCACGGGCAUCAUCGUGGGCGUCUGCCUGGGCCUCCUCUGCCUCCUGGCCUGCAUGUGUGCUGGCCUGCGCCGCGGCCCCCACAGGGAAGCCCUCCCAGGCCUGUCCUCCACGGCCACUGCUGGCAACCCUGCGCUGUACUCUCGAGCCCGUCUUGGACCCCCUAGUCCCCCAGCUACCCAUGAACUGGAGUCGCUCGUGCACCCCCGUCCCCAGGACUGGUCCCCACCACCCUCAGACAUCGAGGACAGGGCUGAAGUGCACAGCCUUAUGGGUGGUGGAGUUUCCGACUGCCGGGGUCACUCCAAGAGAAAGAUCUCGUGGGCUCAGCCAAGUGGGCCGUGCUGGGCAGGCUCCUGGGCAGGCUGUGAGUUGCCCCAGGCAGGCCAGGUGCCUUCCCUGACCCGGGCCCUGCUGCCCCCUGCUGGGACUGGACAGACGCUGUUGCUGCAGGCUCUGGUGUAUGAUGCCAUCAAGGGCAACGGGAGGAAGAAGCCGUCCCCGGUCUGCAGGAACCAGGUGGAGGCUGAAGUUAUUGUUCACUCUGACUUUGGCGCUUCCAAAGGGAACCCUGACCUCCACCUCCAAGACUUGGAACCUGAGGAUUUCCUGCCCUCAGAGGCUGCCGACCUCACAUCGGGCGUUGUGGAUCUAGGGCAAGGGGUAGAAUGGCUGGACAGCGAGCUGGGAGGGUGUGAGCAGACAACCACUGGGCCAGACAGACUUACCUGCUUGCCAGAGGCGCCUUCUUGCCCCUACCUGGACCUCCAGCCCGGCGAGGCUCUGGAGGAGGCCCCUGGGAACGGCUGCCAGUCAAAGGCCCCCUGCCCUCCAGGAGCCAGCCCAGGCUUGCCCAGAGCCCCGGUCUCCUCCUCUGCAUAGCUCCCCUCGAGGGCGCAAUCUGGGGCAGGUUGUUAAGGCUCGUGGGAUAUGACACCUGUGUACCUGCAGAUACUCAAUGUCAUCAAGCCAUUUGGAGAGCCUCCUAGAGUGCUUUGGCUAGAGGGAGAGGAAGAAAUGGAUUGUUCACUCCCCCCAUACUCUGUGACACAUGUGAUUUGUGAGCGACAUGUAAGGCAUGGCUCUCUGUGAUGUACACAUAUGUGAAGCACAUGUGUGUGUGCGGGCUGGUAAGCUGGGAAACGUUGGUCCAGGCAGUGGUCACUGCAGCGUCCGGGUCAGGACAGUGCCCCAGAGUGGUCAGUCGCCAGCCCUGUGGGCCCCCUGCCUCCAUCGCCCAGCCUUUUAUUACACACUCUGAGAGUGUCUCCAACGCCCUGUCUGACAAAGACAGCCCCAGCCCAUUCUCCUGCCUGGCUGGGCCGAGUGCAAGAAGGCUCUGAAUGCCUAAUGUUUUAGUUGCUGCCCCUCUCCCACCUCUGUCACCCAAAUCGAGAGAGUGACUCUGGUUCCCCUCAGAGCAACUCUCCAUUUAAUUUUGUAAUUUGGGAAGUGCCUGGUUUUGAACACCUGCUUUUUCUGGCUCUCCCCUCCUUCCUUCUCCUUCACUGCUCUAGUAGCCUCUCCCCCAGCCAGCUUGCUCUCCCACUUCCAGCGCCCUUCGCUUCCUCCCUGAUGCUCCUUCCUUUCCUCUCUGCUGUUUCUGUGCGUCCUCUUUCUGUCUGCCUCGCCUGUCUCUCACGCCUCUCCCGGACCGUGUCAUGUGGUUCUCCCGCUUCCUCCCCUAACAACAUGACUACCUCAUGUCUGCUUCGAGGCCGUAGCAUGACUCCUCUGUCUGCCCAUUCAUGUUCCCCAUUACCCUUCUGCCCCCUCUUCUCUCUGUGCCUCUGUGUGCCUGCUCCCCAGGCAGGCUGCCCAUCCCCAGUGCAGGUUUGGAGGACACCUUCUGGCUUCCCUUGUAUCUUUCUCUCUGGGAUUAAGAAGGGGUGGUUCGUCUUGGAGGUGAUGAAUACAAGUCACACAAGGGGACUUUUGAGAUGGGGAAAGGGGAACACAACCCAGAGGCUUGGGAUAAAAUUUCUCCUUGCCUUCUGUGCAGGGAGGCAGGUUGCUGGUGGAGGGGGCUUGGGACCUUCCUUUCCAGCUGAAACUAAAGGGGAGAAAGGGGAAUGGGAAUUAGGGGUUCUGCAGCUCAGCAGCUUCCCACUGUGCGCCUUUACCGUGAGCUAAUGGGGUAGGGGUGAGAGGAACCUCAUUCCUCUGGGGUGCUGGAAGGGCGGUCUUUGCACAGGACAAGGCCAAUUGGCUCAUUUUGUUUUGUUUUUAAUUCAGUCCUGAAGUCAUUUUCUGUUGACCUACCAUAGAAGGACAAGCUUGACUUCUAUUUCCUGUGUAAAGAAAACAGUGUAUUUUAUUUGAUUUUGCACUUCAGCCUCAUGGAGCAUAGAAUGCAGGGUCUUUUCUCCCCAGAUGCAUCGUUUUUAACUGAUUGGCGUGUCAAGGGUUAACUCUGGCUUCUGGGCUAAAUUAGAAAUAACUAGUCUAUCUCCUCCACCACCUCCACCCUUUUUUAAAUGGUGAAAUGUCUUUCAGCAGAGUUGCAGCUUCCUCAGACCCUUUCAGCAUCUGUGUUUAUUACACUCGGGUGUCACUCACGUUUGACAUCUCACCUACAUUUCCUCCCCCUCCCCCUCCUUCAACCAGCCUAUGAUAACACUAAAGAUUAUUAAUGCUGGUUUUGUAUCUUGUUAAGCACAGAAUUGUCACUUGUACUAUUUCUGUAGCAUUCAACAUUGCUGUGGCCAACACCACUCUAUACGUUUCAUCAUUGCUCUGAAGGUCAAAAGCCUCGUUUUAUUUUGCUGGUUUGAUUUUUUUUUCCCUAAAGCGGGUGGGGGGGGAACCUGCCCUGAAUUAAAUGGCUGUUUUAACAGUAGGCUCUUAGCAUUACACCACAUAGUCAUUUUUCAUGUUCUUGUUUAACAGGCACUGAGGUUCUGGUUUAAAUUAAAUAGCUGCAAAUGAGACAAUUUAUAACCCAUUAGGUUGGGUGGAAAAUUGUUUCUCAAAAGCAAAUAAGUAAUAAAUCUGGUAUCUGCCUAUAACUCACAGUUGAUAAGAAAGUGGCCAUUACUCACUAGUAUUAUAUAUGAUUUGGGCUCUGGGUAAUUUGGAAGUGUUAGGUUUGUGUCUUUGUAGCAGUAUUUUUAUUAGAAAGGAGUCUAUUGGCCUUUUACAGGGUAUUAAUCCCUUUGUCACCUACCAUUGAUGCCUUACGUUUUUUGAGUCUCAUUUUAAAAACCUUCCUUUUUUUGAUGCAUGACAAGUGUAAUCAGUAUCUGCUCAUUUAUUUGUCUGUAUUUAGUUUAUGCUAUAUUAUUUAAUUACUUUUCCUGCAUUUUUUCUCUUUACAAAUAUGACAUUUUUUAGUGUUAAACCAAGGCAUUGAUC